CGCGUAAAGCGAAACCACUACUAAAACUCACGACGCUGGUAACAUGUCGUGGAGCGGGGUUAACAUGGCCACUACCCAGGGCGGUGAGAAGUACAACAAGCUGGCUCGUCCAGAUUAUUAUGUCGCAAGCCUCAGCAGAAAACGACCAGAAUCCGAGACCCGGCAUGAGCCGAGCGAUGACGAGCCGCCGCCCAAGCGAAGUAGACAAAAUAAUUCGAGUCGAAAAGAGAAUGAUUCACCAAGGCGGUCUCCAGGCUCCGUCAAAUCCUCAGAAGUCCAUGCCCCAAUCGAUGCAGACUGUGGGAUGAGAUACGGGUUCCCGGGUCUGGACGAGUCUGACGUUUCCGAUGAUUCUACAAAUGAAGCCCUUGCAUAUCUUCGAAGUGUCAGGUCCGAAGCGCAAUCAAUACCACACGUCCUCCUUGCCCCCACCCCGCAAAUCGAGGAGGGUGACCAUGAUGAGUCGAUGUACAAAAAUGGGCGGGGAGACAUGAGAGCUUUCUACAAGGACGGCACAUGGAUUGCUCGCGACCUCGAACGCGAAAAUUAUUUUGACCCCAGCCGAUCCGACUCCCCCGCCAACCUCGACCCCCAAGAACAGUACUACAACAAACUCCUUACGCGAUACCAAGCCCUCCGUAAGACCCUCUCAGAAGCCACUCCAGUCAAUAAAGCCAAGCGAAAGAACGAUGGCCCUUCCAAUAGUACAAGCGAAGUUCCUCCCCAGAACAGGCGGGAGUGGCUCUAUGCUCUCUCUCGCCAGUUUCCGACUCCCUCGCAUGUGUGCCGGAUGGACCAACGCGACGUCUUUCAGGGCCUUCUAUACUCCAUGCUCAGCUUGGACCGGUUUGACACAAUCAACAAGCAGCAGAGUUGUUGGGUUUGGGCCUUGUUGGCGAAGGCGGGUGAGAUGGGCACUCUAGACUACUAUAAAAUUGGACGCUUGAGGGAAUUGGCGCAGAAAGCAGCAGAACUUAAUAUAAGACUAUGCAGCGGCCACCUCAAAGAGCGACGCAAGGGUAGUGAUAGUGAUAGCGAUAGUGAAGAUGAAGUUGCAAGGAGCUGGGGGAUUGACGGUGAAGGCGUUGAAAGUGAAGAACCCGCCAGUAGCAAGUCGGAGGAAGAUGUCCAGGAGAGCACAAAGGAGAUCCCAGUAAAGGUUGCAGAGAACCCCAGUACGGAAUCUAGUGGACAGGCCCCUAUGACCGAAUCGAAUGACUGUGAGACCAAGGAGGUCCUUGAGAACAACGAUGUCAUAACUGACAGAAUUGAGGACAUUAGUGUCAAGCCCAACAAUAUCCCAGCCAAUGACGUCGAAAUUCCGGGCCACACCGAAGAGAAGGAACCUCAAACCCUUGAAGAGGCAAAAGCACGACUGCUGGCUCAGCUUGGAGAUCGUUUGGUUCAAAGACGCCCAUUCCUCUCGCGGGCAGAAGCAGAAGCGCAGCGUCAACAAAUCCGUGAGAAGCAGCUAGCUUUGACGCGAGAUAACGGUCCUGCCAAGGAAGCAGAAGAAGUAUUGCUUACCAGUAAAAAAGAUGACGAUUCUGAGGCUCCCACACUGGAUCAGUCGGAAUCGGCUUCACGAGGAGAGCCUUCCUGCGCUAAACCAGAGCCUUUCACAGAAAGUGAGAUGGAAAUUGAGGCUGAGAAAGAAGUCACGGAGAACGAGGUUGAAAAGGAUUCCAACAUUGAGAAGAAAGAAAUGGCCCCCGACACGAACACCAAGAUCACGCUGGACAUGAUCAUUACAGUCGUAGCUGAGUGUUACGGACAGAAGGAUCUCUUGAAGUACAGGGAUAUGUGGGUUCAGCGAAACGUUUGACGUCUGCCGAACUACCAUGUACCUGGUUCCAUGUGCCUGAACAGUAGUAGGAUUAGGGAGUUUCUGGUGCCUAGUGCCGUGAUACAGGCUCCAAAAGCUAGCUUUUGAGGGUUACACGAUGCCAUAUUCAUGGGUACUAUUUGCAUGCAUCAUCCCGAAAUCACAGCAGACUGUACAGAC